CAACAGUUGCCUCGAGACCUCUGAGCGCCAUAGUGACUGUAGCCGUGGAGACAGUUACUUACCAACGGGAGCGACACUCAGCAGCAGCAGCAGCAGCAGCAGACGAAGUAGAGGGAGGCAGCAUAGCAGAGCGAAGCGCAAGAGCAUCAUGCAGAAUUCUGAGGGAGGGUCAGAGGCGACUUCUACCGUGGCACUGACGACGUCGACAUCAGCCCAGGCACCUGUUGUACAGCCUGUCCCUGCAUCACAACAGCGAGUGUUGGUUCAGGCCACAGGCUCUUCCCAGAAGGGAGGACAGGUACAGCAGCUGUCUAGAGUGCAUCAGGUCCCUCCACAGCAGGUGCAGCAGGUCCAGCACAUCUACCCGUCCCAGGUGCAGUAUGUUGAGGGAGGAGAGCCUGUCUACUCCAAUGGCACCAUUCGAGCUGCAUACUCCUAUAACCCGGAUGUCCAGCUGUACGGGCAGGGCAGUGCCAGCACCUACUUUGACUCCCCAGGGGCGCAGGUCACCACGGUGGUCUCCUCGUCCAGUGGGGUGCCACCCCACAGCAUGGUGGGCAUCACCAUGGAUGUGGGCAGCAGCCAGAUCAUCUCCAGCAGUGGUGCAUAUCUCAUCCACGGAGGCAUGGAGGGGGGUCGUCCCCACACCUCCCAGUCCUUCCGUUCCUCUUCAGCGAUGCUUGAAAUGGCGAUUGAAAACCUACAAAAGUCUGAAGGGAUUGCCUCCCACAAGAGCAGCCUGCUCAACAGCCAUCUACAGUGGCUGUUGGAUAACUACGAGACGGCCGAGGGGGUGAGUCUGGCCCGCUGCUCCCUGUACCACCACUACUUGCGCCACUGUCAGGAACAGAAGCUGGACCCUGUCAACGCAGCCUCCUUCGGCAAGCUCAUCCGCUCCGUGUUUAUGGGCCUGCGCACACGCCGUCUCGGAACCAGGGGCAACUCUAAGUACCACUACUAUGGCAUCCGACUGAAGCCUGACUCACCUCUGAACCGGCUGCAGGACGACUUUCAGUACAUGGCAAUGAGACAACAGCCUGUUCACCAGAAACAGAGGUUCAAGCCACUGCACAAGGUGGAUGGGAUGGGGAACAGCAUCUCCAGCGGCUCUCACCAUGCCAGCAGCACGCCUGAGCAGAGCGUGGCUGCCCAGAGCCAACACCACCAGCAGUACAUAGAUGUGUCCCACGCGCUGCCUCCCUUCCCCUCUCUUGAUCUGGGCUCUUGCCCGCUGCCCGAGUGCAUCACCCUGAACGACGUGAAGAAGCUUCAGGGCAUCUACAGGGACCACUGUGAGGCCACUCUAGACGUUGUGAUGAAUCUGCAGUUUCACUUCAUAGAGAAGCUGUGGCAGACCUUCUGGUUCUCAACGCUGCCCUCUAGUGACGGCUCCACCACCAUCGCCAGCAGCGACGAGGACAUGGAGGGGGUGAUCCCCAGGGACAAGCUGAUUGCUCUGUGCAAGUUUGAGCCAGUGAAGUGCUGGAUGAGGAGCUGUGACCACAUCCUCUACCAGGCCCUGGUGGAGAUCCUCAUUCCGGAUGUGCUCCGGCCCGUUCCCAGUACUCUCACCCAGGCUAUUAGAAACUUUGCCAAGAGUCUGGAGGGCUGGCUGACCUCAGCCAUGAGCAGCUUCCCCCAGGAGAUUGUGCGGACCAAGGCUGCAGUAGUGAGCGCGUUCGCCCAGACUCUGCGCAGGUACACGUCUCUGAAUCACCUGGCCCAGGCUGCGCGGGCCGUGCUGCAGAACACCUCCCAGAUCAACCAGAUGCUCAGUGACCUCAACCGUGUGGACUUCGCCAACGUGCAGGAGCAAGCCUCGUGGGUGUGUCAGUGUGACGAGAGCAUGGUGCAGCGUCUGGAGCAGGACUUUAAGAUAACCCUGCAGCAGCAGAGCUCUCUGGACCAGUGGGCAGCGUGGCUGGACAGCGUGGUCACCCAGGUGCUGAAGGGGCACGAGGGCAGUGCCAGCUUCGCCCGAGCAGCACGCCAGUUCCUCCUCAAGUGGUCCUUCUACAGCUCCAUGGUGAUCCGGGACCUGACCCUGCGGAGUGCCGCCAGUUUCGGCUCUUUCCACCUCAUCCGCCUGCUCUACGACGAGUACAUGUUCUACCUGGUGGAGCACCGUGUCGCCCAGGCGACCGGGGAGACGCCCAUCGCUGUCAUGGGAGAGUUCAGUGACCUUAGUUUAAUGAUGCCUUCACUCGUGGAGAAAGAUCAGUUCUCCGACGACAUGGGGAGUGAGCUGGGGAGUGAUGGCGACGUGUCGCGGGGCCCCUGUGAGCCUGCUGUGAAGAGUGAGCGCAUCGAAGUCAACCACUCGCUGCAGGAGAUCUGAAAUGGCUCCUCUGGGGCUGGUUUUGUGUGUGAAGACGCCAUUGUCCUUGCGCUGGGUGGUCUUUUAUUCGUGGGUUAACACAAGCGUACAGGUUUCAGAGCUGUACUCUGUUUUAAUCUAAGGUUUGCUGUUUCUUCUCAACCCCCUCCUUGGUUUCUUUCCUUCGAUCCAAGCCGUGCCUCUGAGCUCAGCACUCUGUGUCUGAGUCUGCGCGUGUCUGUAUGUGUUUUGGGUUUUUAUUUUUUCAGUCCCUUGUGCCAUAGUACCCUCUCAGUGCCUUAGACGGGAGCAGAAGAGCAGAGCUGCUCCUCAGCUGUGCCUGCACUGCAGUAUGAAUGUAACCCCCCCCCCCCCCCGCCUCUGGCUGAGGUUCUGAAGCAGUCCGGCGGUGUCCGGCCAUGCAGCACCUCAAGCCUCUGCCCUCGGGACAGGAACAUGAACGUUGCUGUUCUAUUCCUUUAAAAACAAAAAAAUGUCACAACCCUCCCAGGCCCUAUGAGAUGUGCUGUCAAUACCUCAACUAUUUCUAGGCAGAGUUUUUUGUUUGUGUGUGUGUAAGGAGAUUAGGCCGGCCUUGUGACACUGGUUCUCAGCCGCUUGUUUGGUGUACGUACGGUUUCCUGGUUCUGGGUACUGAUUUAUUGGCAGAAAGCAAAAUGGAGUGUGAAGUUCUUUACUGUGUUCACUGUAAAGUAAGUUGAGUCCUGAGUCCAGCUCAUGUGACCGACGGGCAAGGAAUGGCGUAUCUGAGUGGCUCUGCUUCUGGGUGUUGGUUCGAGAUGUUCUGAAGUUUCUCUGCAGUUUAGUUAGUUUUCAAAGGGAAGGAGGAUCUGUUCCUAUGACGAAAGUGACAGCAGUGCUGUUUUAACCCCAGGAAGUGAGCCUGUCCUCACGCUGAUCAAAUGUACUUACCCCGAGGUGAAUUUUUUUUACUCCGCGCAGAUAUUCUUUGUAUAUUUAACAUUUUAGAACUUUUACAUGCAUUUUAAAUAGAUCUUCCAGAUAAUAGGAAAGAGACUUAAAACAGGAAACUAUUAUAAAUGAAUGUGUAGUACCACCUCUCGAGAUUCUUUUGUAGGACAUGAAGGUGUGUUCUGUGGGAAGUUCAGGCUAUAAACGUGCUUAAGGAAUCUCAUUAAAUGCUAGCAGCACCUCUCAAAAUAUGCACGCAUUGUUCUCAGUCGCCUUGGUGCUGUAUUUCCAAAAUUAAAUCUUUUUAUUGUCACCCAUAGGUGUGGUAUCCAAGUACCCAACUUACUGUUUAUUUAGUAUUUCAUAAAACCUAUGGGGCUUGAUUUCAUUUAUAAUCAAAUUGUCUAAAUAUUUUUGAUGGAUUUCCAGUGUCUUAUUUGUGUCCUGUCCCGUGUAAAGCUAAGGUUUUGGAGCGCAGUGCUGUCUGCUAGCUGUCUGCCACUGACUGCCCCAGUCAGCCAGGUUCUGCUCAAACACCCCCAUGCCCCCGGUGCUGAAUCUGCGUUUCCAUGGCGACGCAGGUUUUUCUAAGCCCUGUCCCCGCAGGGCCGGGGGUUGCUGCCCUCUGUGGCUUGCCUCCCUCCGCUGUUGGCUACAGAAGGUCCAGACUCUGGUUCCUCGUGCUGCCCCAGUACUCUGCUGUAGUGCACUGGGGGGAAAAGUAUUUUACUUUGUGUAACUUGUUAGAGGUUGUUUUUGGUUUUUUUGUAACACUGUUUUAGAUCUUCUGGCUAUGGAGUAUUUUUAUGGGAAUAGAUUUGAUUCUUCUCAACUAUAUUGAUACCUUAUUUUUGUGUUUUGUUUUUUUUUGUUUUUUUUUCCCAGAAAACAACUGUUCUGGCCUCUUCCUUACAGAGGCUGAGAUCAGACGAUAGUCUGUAACAAAAUCGCUUAAUUUGAUUGUAUUUUGUACUGGUUAAAACGUGUAAUAAAUUGGUGUAAACCAC